AUGUAUGUAGUACGCAAUGGCAGGGGGGCUGUAGUUGUAGGCACCAGCACAAGUAGAAAUACUCUUAAUGAAGAACAGCAUUGGGAAACAUCGAUUGUCUUACAGAUAAAACCUUUUAUUCAUUAUGAUGAUACUGCAGCCUUGAUUUUACUGCUUUUGCCUGAAGCAAUGUACAUGAUUCCCAGCGCUAAAUGUAGGAUCAGUGAUCCUCUGCCUUUUCUUCACAAGCAGUAUCAGUCAGGAGACUUCAUUAUUGUGGGCAUUCUCUCUCAGAUUUACAUCUUCUAUGCAAUGAUAGACUUCAGAAAACAUCCAUCUAAGAAGCUCUUUGAGGACAUUGUCUAUUUUAACCCAAGUUGGACAUACCGUGCCUCAUUGGAACUCUUCUUUACAAAGGGCCAAUUCAUACCUAACUACAACUGUGAUAUUCAAAACAGACCAAUAGCAGUCAUUGGAGGACCUACCUCUGAUAUCUACCUAUUCAUGAAUAACAUCCUUUCCCUGUACAAGAUGCCACAGCUAAUAUAUGGUUCUGCUCCUGAAAUUAGUGCAAAAGGACAAGCUGCUUUUUACCAACAGAUGUUACCAAAUAUGGACCAUCAGUACAGGGGCAUUUGUCAAUUACUGCUAUAUUUCAAAUGGACAUGGGUUGGGAUGCUGUCUGUGGACAAUGACAGUGGUGAAAUGUUUCUACGCAGGGUAGUUCCCAUGGCUACCCAGAAUGGUAUCUGCUUUGGCUUCAUUGCAAGAUUUCCAAUAACUGUUUAUUCAAAUAAUAUUAUAGAACUGUUAGAAAUAGGAUUUGACACAUACAAACUGGUUAUGAGAAGUACUGUCAUUGCAGUAAUCGUUCAUGGUGAAAUUGGUAACAUGAUAACUCUAAGAUUUCUUUCCAGUAAUUUGAAAUAUGAGGAUUUAUCACUAUGGACAAAAAGUAAAGUCUGGAUUAUGACACUCCAGAUAGAUUUCACAUCACUUCCCUUUCAAAGAAAUAGUGACCUGGCUUUCCUGCAUGGUGCUUUAUCUUUUGCAAUUCACUCUGAAAAGGUGUUGGGAUUCCAGCAAUUUGUUCAGACGAGAAACCCUAUCUUGGAAAAAGAAGACAGUUUUAUUAAGAUGUUCUGGAAAAGUGCAUUUGAAUGUUCCUUCUCCAUCUCUGUAAUAGAAGAGGAAGAUGAGGACACCUGUACUGGAGAGGAGAAACUGGAGACUCUUCCUACAUCUGUGUUUGAAAUGGACAUGACUGGGCACAGCUACAGCAUCUACAAUGCAGUUCAUGUGGUGGCACAUGCUUUGCAUGACUUCCAUUCAUCUAUAAUGAAAUACAGAGCAGGAGACCUUGAAGCCAAAGGGAAACUUCUGAACCAACAUCUAUGGAAGCUUAACCACUUUAUGAGAAGGAUUUCAUUCAAUAACAGUGCUGGGCAAAAAAUUUGGUUCAGCAAAAAUGGAGAGUUAGAGACCAGAUAUGAUAUUAUUAAUUGGAUCACAUUUUCAAAUCUGUCCUUUAAGAAAGUCCGAGUUGGAGGCAUAGACCUCAUGGAUUCCCAACAAAAGACAUUCACAAUUGAUGAGGAUGAUAUUGUAUGGCCAAGUAGGUUUAACCAGGCCCACCCACUUUCACUGUGUAACGGGAAGUGCCAUUCAGGCUACAGUAAGAGCAAGAUAGAAGGGAAGCCAUUUUGCUGUUAUGACUGUCUUCAGUGUCCAGAAGGGAAGAUUUCUAACAGGGAGGACAUGGAUGAAUGCUUUCAGUGUCCAGAAGAUCAGUAUCCCAAUGAGAAGCAGGAUUUGUGUUUUCUCAAAGUUAUAACAUUCUUGAAGUACAAAGAAACUUUGGGGACUGUUUUGGCCAGUUCUGCUCUUUUCUUUUCUUUGGUCACAGUUGGAGUCCUUUGGAUCUUUAUUAAGCAUCAGGACACUCCCAUAGUCAAAGCCAACAACCGGAACCUCACGUAUGCUCUCCUUGUUGCUCUCCUGUUAUCAUUUCUUUGUAUUUUGCUAUUCAUUGGCCAGCCUUCCAAGGUGACAUGUGUCCUUCGUCAAACCGCCUUUGGUAUCAUCUUCUCCAUGGCUAUUUCUUGUGUGUUGGCCAAAACCAUCAUUGUGGUUCUGGCUUUUAUGGCCACAAAGCCAAGAUCCAAGGUGACCAAAUGGGUGGGGAAAAGAUUAGCCAUGUCCAUUGUGUUGGGCUGCUUCUUAAUUCAAGGAAUUAUUUGCACUAUAUGGCUGACAAUCUCUCCUCCAUUCCCAGAUGCUGACAUGAAUUCAAUGGCAGAAGAAAUCAUUCUAGAGUGUAAUGAAGGAUCUGCCUUUAUGUUCUACUGCGUCUUGGGCUAUAUGGGCUUUCUUGCUAUUGUCAGCUUUACAGUGGCUUUCUUAGCAAGGAAAUUGCCUGAUGCUUUCAAUGAAGCCAAAUUUAUUACCUUCAGCAUGCUGAUAUUCUGUAGUGUUUGGCUGUCCUUUGUUCCAACAUAUCUGAGCAUAAAAGGAAAAUAUAUGGUUGCUGUGGAGAUCUUCUCCAUUAUAGCCUCUAGUGCUGGGUUACUGAUUUGCAUCUUUUCUCCCAAAUGUUAUAUCAUAAUGUUGAGACCUGAUAUGAACAAGAAAGAUCAGCUAAGAAGCAAAAACCAGAGAAAAACAUAA